AGGGUGGAGUGUGUCUUUUGAAGACGCACACAACCACAAUCCCCGAAGGAAUAGGUUGACGAAAGGAUUUGAAGUCAGCAAUGCAGUUUAAAUUAAGUUAAUAUUAGGCUAAAUGUUAAAUUGACACUGUAAUGUAAUGUAAUUACCUUUUUACACUCCUAUCGGUCAUGCAGGUCUCGCGGAUCCGCGCUGCGCGUAAAAGCGAGUGGCUCAAAUGCGCGCUCGCGCACCACUUCAGCCCAGAAUCAGAUCCCUGCGUGGAAAACGAGAUCGUGGUUUUGGCCACCGGUGUGGACCAGUACCUCCAGGAGGUGUUUCAUCACCUCGCCUUUUCCAACGGCGAUCUCGUUUCGAAUGAGGACUUUAGGAGUCUGUGUUUGAUUUUGGGAUUCCCCGCGAGCGCGGAGACUGAGAACGUCACCUCAGAGCACCGGGACAUUUGCGAUGGACUUCCUCGUCUGCUUAACUUUAAAGAAUUCCACGCACGACUAUGUGGAUUUUUCUCGCUAAAAGCGCAGGAAGGGCAGAAGGGAGUUCGACUUCCGGUCAGUGAGGAGACCGAGCACAUCGAGCGCGAGAUCAGACUCCGGUGUCCCCGCGUCCGGAGGAGAAAGUGCGUCAGUUUUGAUCUGUCUGCAGACCAACAGGUCCGGAAGGGGUCAGUGAGGAGUCCAGCAUCAUCUCAGAGUCCGGAUCAUCUGCAGAGUUCUGCUGCGGAAGCCAAGAGAAACACAGGCAUUACUGUGGCAGUGGAUAUUAACCCUCAGAGAAGACGGCAGGAUCAGCUAGAGCUGGAGAACGCCAGUCUGAGGGAGCUGGUGGAGGAUCUGCGUUCAGCCCUCCAGAGCAGCGACGCGCGGUGUUUGGCACUGGAGGUCGCGUUACGCCGAAGAGACAUGCCGUCCCAAAAUACUGCUGAAACCCAAAACUGCAAAACAAAAACACAGCAAUCCAAACACAUGGAAUGGGACUCCAGAAGAAGCACUAAAGACCUUCUACGAGAGCUGGAACUGAUCCGUGCUUCACGUGAUGGACAGCUGGAGGAAGCCAUGAGGUUUAACCAGAGGUUAGAGGAAGAGCUGAUGGCAGCUUAUGGAGAGAUUAGCAGGAUGCAGGAGCUGCUGGACAGCGUCCGGACUGAAAACACACGGAUUAAGAAGAGGACUGAAGAGGUCAGAGAGUCACUGGCCGCAGGGCUGCAGGGGGUGAGGGCCUUACAAGAGCAGGCUCAACGAGCUCAGAGUCUGGAGAGCCAGCUGGAGACGUUCAGGGCCCAGUGCACCUGUGCAAAGCUAAAUAUGAACAAAACCGAAAUACUAGCUGAACCAUGUGGGCCUGGAUUCCCCUCCCCAACCAGUCAUGAUGAUGGCAGAAGAGAAGAAGACCUGCAGAGGUCAGUAGAGGGUUGUGCAGCAUCCGACGAGGAAGAGGAGGAGAGGGGCAUGGAUGAAGGACAAUGCUGCCACCUGCAGGUGAAACAGCUCAUCAACAGAUUACACUGCUGUGCCAAAGGGUGUCAGAAAGCUGCUAUCUGUAACUGGCUUGUCUCUCAGAGCUCCGCUCACAGCAAAGAACCUAAAGCACGUGUGUGGAUUCCUCAAGCAGAUGAGAGGAGAAAUGAAGCAGGAAAUAUGAAGCAGAAAGAGGAAGAAAGUUUGAAAGUUUAUCCUUCACCUCUGGAGGAGAGACUGACUGACACGCUCACAUUACUGCUGCAGAUCCCACAUAAAAGAGUCUCUCGCAGGAUCUUGGGGAAAAUAUUAGUCAACACACUAGAUCUGUGUACUAGAAAAAGCCACGACUGCACUCCGGUGGUUCAGGUGGUGGACACACUGUGUGGGCAGCUCCUCUCCAGUGACCUCCUGGAUGGAGGAGAGGAGGUCAGCGUUGGGUCACGACCUUCUGUGACCUCAGGUCACCAGAACACGUCCAAACCCCUUCUGAUGUCCUGCUGAGAGCUCACUGAUGCCCCACUUAAGACGCUUUCCAUCAGCAUACAAAUUGUCAUUUUAAAGGCACAAGUGAUUACCAAAGUUAUUGUAAUAAAAAUUAGCGAACAAAUAUUUUUCAUUAAUUUAUACGAAAUAAAUGAGCACUAGUAAAACAAUACCUCAUUUGGUGCCUGACCAGCUUUCUUAAUUUAAAAUAAAUCUGCAGCC